AUGCCAAUCAAUCUUGAGCAGGAGAUCAUAACUAUUCGCUUUUUGCCAACUCGACCAGCGUUUUGUGCACUGACAACUACUGUGAUUGAUGAAAAGUGGAAUUUGACAAUGGCGGCUGGAAAACCAAAUCAAAAUUUUGGAGUGGAAAUGUACGGAUUCCCAGACUUUGUGCACGUCCCCUCUAAAAAAGCACACUACGACGCGUGGAGUAACAGUACCGGAAGCAGCAGCGGAUGCAGUAGUAGCUGCAGUCCAAGUCAUCUAGAAGAGCUACACGUGGACAUCCCACACUCUUCAACAGCUUCUGUUGCAUCAACGAGUACUGCAUCGCACUCAUUUUCCGAAACUGAUGUGAAUGCUGUUCGAGCUCCUGUACCUACUUUCGUUGACCUCAAGCCUAUUUCUCCGAAAGAUGGCGCACCGUCCAUCGCAGGUGCUCUGGCACUAGCAUCUGAAGUGCUUGCAAAUAGCGGUCCUAGUAACGAAAUUCCAUCGUUAUCGACGUCCUUCUCUGAAGCUUCUCAAUCUGCGUAUCAGUCUGCAACCACGACAGCACCGGAUGCAGUGGUAGCACCGCUGGCUCCUAAACCGAUCUAUCCGAAUGUGCAAGCAAAUGUAGAGAGUGGGAGUCAUCCAGUGAUAACACACGAUGCACGAUUUUCGAGUUAUGCGGAAUUCGACGAAGCUUUUGAAGCAUGGAAAAGGGAAUGCUUGCAUCCUUUCCGAGUUGCAUCAUCGGAAACUUUGAGGGAACCGGAUGGCACCGUAAAUCAUCGCUUUAAAUAUCGCUACGUUGUCUUCCAUUGCGCACAUUACGGUGAACCAAGAAUGCGAGGUAUUGGAAAACGACCUAAUCAACACUAUUUACCAUCAGGGUGUCGUGCUAUGCUACGACUAAACUACAGUUUUAGUGAGCAGCUACUAAAAAUUACCACACUUCACGAUGAACACCUUAACCACGAAGUUUCCCCUGAGAUGUUCAGAAAGGUGUCAGCUAAAUUGAAAAGGUCUUCGUGUGGAGCGCCGUCACCGGCAGGGAAGCGAAGUAAGCUUGACUCGCCAGUUCCGUCAUCACAAAGCGUGUCCUCACCGGUAACAGCUCAAUCGUCACCAAUGACUGGAUCAAAUUCGCCUUCAUCAGCAAGUACAGUAGGCUCUAUGAUGAACGCUUUUCCUGCCCAGAUUUCUUUGGCGCAACCAAACGCCAUGGCAAAUGUUGCGAUCGCGUUGCAACAACAACAGAUCAUGGCAUCACUGUUGAACCAGCAGAAAGAGAACAUCAACUUGGCUGCAGGUCUAUCCUCUCUUGGAAUUCCGAGACCGCAGCCGUCGAUGCUGAAUAUUUUGAGCAUGAUGGGGUUGCAGCAACGAAUGUUGCUUCAACAACAACCUGCAUACGGUCUGAUGACACCUUUGGCACCGCAAAUGGCGACGCUGCAGCAAGCACAGAUUCCUUCGAAGACGGAUGGGAAAUCCAAUGCUAGUGAUGUUGAACGACAGAACCGCACAAAAACUGAUCUACCAGCGCCAGUCGCAUUGAAACCAAGUACUGCUUCAUCUUCCUCCGCGUCCCAAGUGGAGGUGUCUCCGGGAAGUCCUCCACCGCACCUGGUUGCAGAGGCGCCAGUUCCAGCAUCGCAAGUGCCAGCGAACGCUAGUACUUCGCCUGCGCCAACGACAAUUGCCUCUGCUGGGUCCUUCGAGGAGUCGUUAGCUCUUCUCCGCAAUGGUGGCCAUGACUCGGAAAUAAUGACCCGUAUUGCUCAACUGAACUCACUUUCUUCAUUCUGGGGAACACCAACAAUUUCAGAGUUUAGGUAA